CGUGCUUCUAAAAGUUCACAUCGCAUUACAAUGCAAGCCAGCGCUCUGCUUUCAGCAGAACCCAAACACGGUUUAUCCUGCUGGAAGGCUUGCAAGAAGGCGCCGCAAGUAAUAGCACCGCUAGCAUGCCCUAAUUACGUCCUCACAAGAAGAGGGCGGCCCCGAUACAGUCACAGACUUCCAUCUCUGGCUCCAUGCUCACGAGCAAGGCGGAGGGACCAUAGCAGCACCAUCGGACAUGGAUGCUCAAGCACUCCAACCGAUAUUGCUUAUCCUUACAAUGAUGGCGACGGGAAAGGGCAAAAGGCUACGCUGGAACACAUCUUCCCAGCGGCCCUUGACCCGCAACAGCCCUUGACCCAAUUACAGCAGCAGCAGCAGCAGCCACCUGAAGAGCAGCAGCAGCAGCAGCAGCCACCCGGGGUGGCUUCCAGCCCCUCCUCCCAGGCUCCCUGGCAGGUAGGGGCGGGCGCCUGUUUCGUGGGGCGUAGUAUAUCUUUCACGCACUCCCCACACUGCUAUGGCAGGGGCUUCACAUGCCCCAUGUCAUAGGUGUGUGGAUAAGUCGCACUGCCGUACAUGCGGUGUGAGGUGGAUGCCGCCCUCUCCUGGAGAGCUUCCUCUGCG